AUGCCGAGCGUCGUGUCCCGUGUGGCGCCCAAAGCCCUCGCGCACGCGCGCAGCUUCCGCUCGAGCGCCGCAGUGGCGACCGCUGUGGUUGAAGCAGCGGCUGCCGGGGAAACUGUCCUCGCGCGCGUCUACGGGGGCCUCAAGGACGAAGACCGCAUCUUUACGAAUUUGUAUGGCGAAGACACGUGGCGCGUGGACGGCGCACUGCGUCGCGGGGACUGGUACCGCACAAAGGACUUGCUCUGUAUGGGACCCGAGUGGAUCGUGCAGGAGAUCAAGGACUCGGGUCUGCGCGGCCGCGGCGGUGCGGGGUUCCCGAGCGGCCUCAAGUGGUCGUUCAUGCCCAAGCAGACGGACGGCCGUCCCUCGUUUCUGGUCGUGAACGCCGACGAGAGUGAGCCGGGGACGUGCAAGGACCGCGAGAUCAUGCGCAAAGACCCGCACAAGCUGGUCGAAGGCUGUCUCCUGGCCGGCUUUGCUAUGCGUGCGCGGGCUGCCUACAUUUACAUUCGUGGUGAGUUUUUCAACGAGGCGCUGGUGCUCCAGGAAGCCAUCCACGAAGCGUACGAGCGUGGGUUCCUCGGCCACAACGCCUGUGGGUCGGGCUACGACUUUGACGUGUACUUGCAUCGUGGAGCUGGCGCGUACAUUUGCGGCGAGGAGACGGGGUUGCUCGAGAGUCUCGAGGGCCGGCAGGGAAAACCCCGCCUGAAACCACCUUUUCCGGCCAACACGGGCUUGUACGGCUGCCCUACGACUGUGACAAACGUCGAGACGGUCGCUGUGUCCCCUACGAUCUUGCGUCGUGGUGGGUCGUGGUUUGCUGGUCUCGGACGCAAGAACAACCACGGCACGAAGCUUUUCUGCAUCUCGGGGCAUGUCAACAACCCGUGCACAGUCGAGGAGGAGAUGAGCAUUCCUCUUCGUGAACUCAUUGAUCGUCACUGUGGUGGCGUUCGUGGCGGGUGGGACAACCUGCAGGCGUGUAUCCCUGGUGGAUCAUCUGUGCCAGUGCUGGAUGAGGAGCUUUGCCAGGACAUUAUGAUGGACUACGAUGACUUGAAGCAGCGCGGUGGCUCCGGUCUGGGCACGGCCGCCGUCACUAUCUUCGACAAAAGCGUUGACAUGGUGGGUGCGAUUCGUCGGUUGUCGCACUUCUACACUCACGAGAGUUGUGGACAGUGCACGCCUUGUCGUGAGGGUACUGGCUGGAUGGAGAGUGUGCUGACCCGCAUGGAGACGGGUGACGCGGAGCUGGAAGAGAUCCCCAUGCUGGAAGAGAUUUCACGCCAGAUCGAGGGCCACACGAUUUGUGCUCUUGGUGAUGCAGCUGCCUGGCCUGUGCAGGGUCUGAUUCGAAAGUUCAAGCACAAGAUCGUGGAGCGUAUUGAAGACCCCUCCAGCUUUAACCCGGAGGACCAUUUUCAAAAGUCGUGGCCGGGUGUUCCGCUUGAGAACCAGGCGUGGGUGGACAAGUUUUCCGACGGCUCGGCUUUCAAGUCCAAGUCCUCUGCGUGA